GGCGGGCCUCAGUUUCCCCAUCUGUUAAAUGGAGCCGGCAAAAUUUGGUCCCGUUUUGGAAUAGUGGGUCCUCAGCCCUCACUCUCGCCGGCAGAGCAGCACCUGGAAUCGCCGGUGCCCAGUGCCCCGGGGGCCCUGGCGGGAGGCCCCACCCAGGCAGCCCCGGGAGUCCGGGGGGAGGAGGAGCAGUGGGCCCGGGAGAUCGGGGCCCAGCUGCGGCGGAUGGCGGACGACCUCAACGCGCUGUACGAGCGGCGGGUGAGUGCUGGGGGCGGGGUAGACGGCAGGUGGGACUUCCCGCCCGGGAGGGGGCUGCGGGCGGGCCCCGCCAGAUGUGCUGCAGCUGCUGCCCGGCGCGGCGGGGUCGCGCUGGGGACAGGCAGG